AUGUUUUAUGAGCCCGGCAAGACUGAGCACAACCUGCCGCAUGACCCGUUCAAGGCCUGUGUGAUCCCCCGUCCUAUCGGUUGGAUCUCCACCGUCUCGACCACGGGUGAGGCCAAUCUCGCGCCGUACUCGCAGUUCAACAACCUGACCUUUGACCCCCCGUACAUCAUGUUCAGUGCCAACCAGAAGCCGUCGGGCAAGCAGAAAGACACGACCGUGAACACGGAGGCCACGGGCAAGUUCUGCUGGAACCUGGCCACUUGGGAUCUCCGUGAGGCCGUCAAUAUUACGGCCGAGCAAGUGGGACCCGGUGUGGAUGAGUUCGAGCGUGCCGGUCUGAAGAAGGAGAUGUCCAAGUGUAUUGAGGGCGUCCCGAUGGUGGCCGACAGCCCUGUCAAAUUUGAGUGCGAGUACUACAGCACGUUGCGUCUACCUGGAAAUCCGCCUAUGGGUUCGGUCGAUGUGAUUAUCGGCAAGGUCGUGGCCGUACACAUCAAGGACGAGGUGUUGACGGAGGGCAUCCUGGACGUCAAGAAGACCAAACCCAUUGCGCGUUGUGGCUACUACCAGUACACGGUGGUGAAGGAGACGUUCGAGAUGAUCAUUCCCAGCAACAACCAGGAGGGCGAGGAUGUUUUAGGCGGCCUCGAGGGCAGCACUCGUAAGCAUCGAGAAAUCGCUCAGCGUGAUCACCACGAGAACGAGGAAAAGCCUUAG